AUGGUUAUCGAUAAAAGAAUAUUGAUACCAUUUUGGUUGCUUUUAAUUAAUGCUUUCGCUUUAGAUAUUACCAAUGACGGUAAUAUGUGUUUAUACAAUAAGGUAUUUAAAGAACCUGCAGCUGUUACUGGUAGCGGCUGUAUCACUAUUGAAGAAAAAUCAGCCAUUUAUCUUUCAGAAUCACACUUGUCAAUUCCUUCAACUCAAGACAUUUACCUUGCUAACAGGGAAUCUUCAAUUGUCGUUAAAGCUGAAACCCGCCCUAAAACUUUCAAUGUCUACGGUUUUGGUAACGGUAAUAGAAUUGGAUUGGAUGCUCCGUUGAAGGGCAUUUAUAUAUUAGGAUACCCAGCAUAUAGUUAUAAUUCCGGAUCCGGAAUCUUGACCAUGCGCGCUGGAUCACGUGCACAGAAUUUUAAUAUUGGUAAGGGGUACGACCCGAUGUUAUUUUCUAUUGUCAGUGAUGAGCUUGUCGGUUUGUCCACUUUAUUAGGCAGUAUUCAAUACAACGGCCCGGUCCCAGAAAGAACUUUGUCCAACUCAUGCCAACUUGAAUGUAACUCAUUUUCAAAUUAUCAAACUUCUGCCAAUGAUAUAUUGAUAGAUGAUGAAUCUGAUCCUAAAGGCAUUUCCUUUUUGGGAAAAAGAUCAGAAAACCCAUCAUUGCUUAUAUGUUACGUUGGUGGUGAAGAGGUUGGAGUGGUUGAAUAUGAAACAGGUGUUUGUGAUUUUACAAUUCCAGAUAAUUUAGAAACUUUCUUUCAUUUUACCUCGACCGACAACUACGAUAUUCAGUAUUAUUUUGCUAGUAUUGACGGUCAAAAGUUUACCACUGAUGUGGCAUCUUCCGGUAGGGUAAUUUCCAUUCCUGCCAAAUUGUUGAAUAAUGUGGCUCUAGAAUUGAAUAAAAUCCAUUUGAAAAAGUCCUCUGCAUCUGUUAUCGAACCAUCGUCUGUCUCUACCGCAACAGAGGACUUCGAGAAAAGAGACUAUGAUUUUGGAGAUUUUGACGACCUUGAUGAUUGGUUGGGAUCUAUUGAUGAUGGUGAAGGUGAACCAAUUGAUGUUACCAUUUCUGCUGGCACUGGAACCGAAUCUUCCACAACUAUAGAUGAAACAAGUAUCGCUACUGAAUCAAGCAGUGCCCCGACAAUAGCUUCAUCAGUUCCUGCUGAGCCUACAUCAGAAGUCAAAACCAGUUCAACCGAUAACUAUUCUGAUAUUCCAGUUGAAUCAUCAUCUGUUGUUCCAGUUGAAUCAUCAUCUGUUGUUCCAGUUGAAUCCUCAUCUGUUCCAGCUGAAUCUUCUGAAGCUGAGUCCUCAUCUGUUGUUCCAGCUGAAUCAUCAUCUGCUCCAGUUAAAUCCUCAUCUGUUCCAGCUGAAUCUUCUGAAGUUGAAUCAUCAUCUGCUCCAGCUGAAUCUUCUGAAGUUGAAUCAUCAUCUGCUCCAGUUGAAUCCUCAUCUGUUGUUCCAGCUGAAUCAUCAUCUGCUCCAGUGGAAUCCUCCUCUGCUCAAGUUGAAUCCUCCUCUGCUCCAGUUGAAUCCUCCUCUGCUCCAGUUGAAUCCUCCUCUGCUCCAGUUGACUCCUCAUCUGUUGUUCCAGCUGAAUCAUUUACUGCUCCAGUUGAAUCCUCAUCUGCUCCAGUUGAAUCCUCAUCUGCUCCAGUUGAAUCCUCAUCUGCUCCAGUUGAAUCCUCAUCUGCUCCAGUUGAAUCCUCAUCUGCUCCAGUUGAAUCCUCAUCUGUUGUUCCAGCUGAAUCAUCAUCUGCUCCAGUGGAAUCCUCCUCUGCUCCAGUUGAAUCCUCCUCUGCUCCAGUUGAAUCCUCCUCUGCUCCAGUUGAAUCCUCAUCUGUUGUUCCAGCUGAAUCAUCAUCUGCUCCAGCUGAAUCAUCAUCUGCUCCAGCUGAAUCAUCAUCUGCUCCAGCUGAAUCUUCUGAAGCUGAAUCCUCAUCUGUUGUUCCAGCUGAAUCAUCAUCUGCUCCAGUGGAAUCCUCCUCUGUUGUUCCAGCUGAAUCAUCAUCUGCUCCAGUGGAAUCCUCCUCUGCUCCAGUUGAAUCCUCCUCUGCUCCAGUUGAAUCCUCAUCUGUUGUUCCAGCUGAAUCAUCAUCUGCUCCAGUGGAAUCCUCCUCUGCUCCAGUUGAAUCCUCCUCUGCUCCAGUGGAAUCCUCCUCUGCUCCAGUUGAAUCCUCAUCUGUUGUUCCAGCUGAAUCAUCAUCUGCUCCAGUGGAAUCCUCCUCUGCUCCAGUUGAAUCCUCAUCUGUUGUUCCAGCUGAAUCAUCAUCUGCUCCAGUUGAAUCCUCAUCUGUUGUUCCAGCUGAAUCAUCAUCUGCUCCAGUGGAAUCCUCCUCUGCUCCAGUUGAAUCCUCAUCUGUUGUUCCAGCUGAAUCUUCUGAAGUUGAAUCAUCAUCUGCUCCAGUUGAAUCCUCAUCUGUUGUUCCUGCUGAAUCAUCAUCUGCUCCAGUGGAAUCUUCUGAAGUUGAAUCAUCAUCUGCUCCAGUUGAAUCCUCAUCUGUUGUUCCAGCUGAAUCAUCAUCUGCUCCAGUUGAAUCCUCAUCUGCUCCAGUUGAAUCCUCAUCUGUUGCUCCAGCUGGAAUUCCUCAUCUGCUCCAGUGGAAUCCUCAUCUGCUCCAGUUGUAA